AUGUCUUAUAAAAUUACUGCGUUCCACCGUGGAUCGAAUGCAACGUUGGUUCUGUUCUUGGUUCUAUGUAGGGCUAGAGGUGAGAAAGCUCUGCUUGAAUUGGUGGAAGCUGUUCAAUCGGCCAAAGGGUCUGGUCGGAAAGAGGAGGGCGUUUGGUCCGACCAUAGCCAGCGGUGGUUCACUCUCAUGCCUUCUACUAGGCCGUUCAUCUUCAAAGACCACAAACAAUUGGCAGAUAUUGUCAGCAUUCUGAACUUUCGACUUCUCGCUUGGCAAUCCUCUUCUGAUUCUGGGCGAGCGAUCGUUUGCUCCGAUGCAGCAGCAGAAGCAGCUAGAUAUGGAUUUACUGCUGUGGAUAGGCCAGAAGGGUUCUUGGUCCUGGCAAUGGCUUCUUUUGGACAUCAGAUCGUCGAGGUAAGGACGCCACCUGAGGAUACCAAAACUUUGGAAGAGAAGAAAGUUGGGGUCAAGGGUUCAGGCAGGAAGACGACCGAUGAAGCGGAGCAUUUCACUUGGAGGGACGAGAUCAAAGUUCCUUGUGGGAAACUAGUGCCAUCAGAUCAUAAAGACAGCGUCCUGGAAUAUAAUGAAAAUGCAGUCUACGAUCCCAAAAUGACAAGCAUAAGGUUCCUGGUGUCGGUCAAGUACGAGGAGCAGAAUGCUGAGGUUGAAGAUGUAGAACCUGCAUAG